AUGAAUUUAGAUUCCAUCUAUCGGUUAAUCGAGGAAACACAAAUUUUCCGUGCCCCGCGGCAGUCAGCGGUUCAAGCACCUUGUGACGCGGUCGCACCUGCCUCGUUCCCUCGGGAGACCUGUCACUCUUGUUUGCCCCUGUACGGGCUGCAGUCUCGUGCUGCUCACGACGUCUGUGCCCGCUCGUGUACCGCCAGUGACUGGGACAUCUGCGAGGAGCUCCGGUUGCGGGAGCUGGAGGAGGUCAAGGCCAGAGCCGCUCAGAUGGAGAAGACCAUGCGGUGGUGGUCAGACUGCACCGCCAACUGGAGGGCGAAAUGGGGCCAAGUUCGGGCCGAAAGGGACAGUGCCCGGGAGGAAGGGAAGCAGCUCAGGGUGAAGUUAGAGAUGGCCGUGAAAGAACUGAGCGCCCUGAAAAAGAAACAAGGUUUGCCGCGUCCAGCGUUGGCGUCGGGGGGCAGAGUCACCCACGAUCUGAAGUGUCCCAGUUUCCCAGGAGUGUCCUGUGCACACACAGAGCAAUGUCAAAGGGACUCACAGACGUGCGAGUCUAUCAGUGAGUGUUUGGUAAAGAGAGAACUUCCUGCGAAGGAGAACGCAAAUAGUAAGGAAGAAGGUUUGAUUCUUGACCCAUUAAGAUUAAAUGAAGAGAUGAAACUCAAUCCUGAUCAUCCUAAUUUAUUCAAGAAUGGUGGGUCUGAAGACUGUACGGUGAAACCUGGAUUAACACUGCAAGCGGUGAACCUGCCUUUGGGGAAUGAAGUGCCCGAAAUUUCUCCUUCGCAGGUGCAUUUGGAUGAGUUCCAAAAAAUCUUAUGGGAAGAAAGAGAAAUGCGUUCAUCUUUGGAAAAAGAAAUAGAACGGCUGGAGUCAGCUGUGUCUCUGUGGAAACGGAAGUAUGAAGAACUGAAGGAGUCGAAGGCAAGAAGCGUGGACGAGCUAGAGAAACUGCAGGCUGAAAAUACGUCGGAAUGGCACAAGAGGGAAAUACUUGAAACAGAAAAACAAGGAUUGGAGCGAGAAAAUAGAAGGCUAAAGGUCCAGGUGAAAGAAAUGGAAGACCUCCUCAAGAGAAAAGACAGCUUCAGUGCAAACUCGCAAGGUCCUGAUUUCAAGACAUCACAAACUGAACUGCAGGAAAAGAACAAGGAACUGUCGGACCUUCAACGUGCCUACCAUAAACUAAGCAGACAACACCAAGCAAAAGGAGCAGAGCUGACUCGUGCGAACGACCGUGUGGAACAAAGUGAGGCCGAAGCAAAGAAACUCAGGUUCCGAGUGGAAGGGCUCAGACAGAGACUCGCACAGGAAGAUGACAAGCUUGGUGAUUUCCUGAAUCAGAUCCACAAGCUCCAGAGAUGUCUGGAUGAACAGAAAGAAGCAAACGAAAACUUGGAAAUUGAACUCAGGCACUUACAAAAUCGCUUGACUAUCGUGAUACAAGCAGAUGGGGCAGCUCCCUCUACAAUCUCAACACAGACUCUUGUUGACAGCUACCAUCUACAGGACUGCUGUAAGCAAAGCAUCAUUCCAGGGGCUUCACAUAUAUUUACUCAUUUAAUCCUUAUAGACUUAUGUGAUGGGGCCUAUCAUUAUCCUCCUAAACCAAAUGAGGAAAUCAAGCUCCUAGAAGAAAACAUAGGUGGUAAGCUCUUUGACAUUGGAAGUCCUGACACCGUGAAGCUCCUAGAAGAAAACAUAGAUGGCAAGCUAUUUGACAUUGGUUUUGGCACUGAAAUUUUGGAUCUCAAAGGCAACAAUAGCAAAGAUUUUGCAUCAAAUGAAAAAGCUCUGCAUAGCAAAGAGUAUGAUGCCUUUGGUUAUGAGACUGUCAAAAAUCCUGUGAAGUUUAAAAGUGGAGUAGGAAGCUUAAAUCCUGUUCAUUUUGGGAUCGUUUCCCUGGCUGUCAUUGUCUGGCCCAUGGAAUUGCUACUUUCCCCGCUUCACCAUUUGUAG